AUGCCCUCUGACGCACUUGUUAUUGGCUGUUCUGUGGCGAUUCCCGCGGCCGUCGCGAUUGUUGUGAUAUUUGUUCUUUGGCUGAAGACGCUGAGCCGGUUCAAGAAAGAGGCCCGCGAGGAGAUAGACAUCGAUGCGGAUGAUCAGCUUUCGUUCGACAACCUAGCGAACCAGAGCAAGUACUUCCAGGUCAAGCCGCUUGCUGAAGGCUCUUCCGGUGACUCAGACUCCACCCGUGAUAUACAGAGACAAAACCAGUUUGUGUACCCGAAGGAAAGCGAUGCGUCUCGGGAUUCGUUGCCGAAAUUGCAACCAAGCCACAUUGCACACGCGCUGAUAGCCUUCAGUGGACUCAACUCUUUUGCUCAUCCCGAACCGGAUGGAGCCCUUUCGUAUUACGACACGAUGGUGCCUGUGUUGCCAGAAGGAAGCGACGGAAAGCCGCUGGACUACGCGAAACGGAUCUCCAAUCCAAACUUGUUAAACUACACAUCCACGCUGUCACACAACCACAGCGGUAGCCGUGACGGCAGCUUCACGCCCUUAGGCCUGAGCUCCACGCGCAACAGCAGCCGAUUGAGCAUUGCGAAUGCAAACCUAGUGUCCAGUCCAAAGCCGCAGCCGCAUAACUUAACCAAUCUCAGCAUGAGCGUCGUCAGACCCACAAAAUUUGAGCUUCAUUCUGCACAGUCAUCCAUCGCGGAUGACCGGAGACCGCAUCACGUUGCAAAUGACUCCAUGGUGUCCGGAUUUUCCCAGAUCGACAGCACUGUCGGCUCCGAUCCGUUCAAGUCUGAUACGGCAUCUCCAGCAAAACCAGUCGCUGCGUUUAUUACUGAACAUGUGCAGGAGGAGCUGGAACCCCGGGUGAGGGUCAGCAGUGCCAUCACUAAUUUGAAUGGAGCGAUGAAUGAACAAGGGACACAAAAAUUAGACUUUGAGGCCGAGGAAGCUGCUCAUCCAUAUAAAAGCUUGGUCUAG